UCGCGUUAGGCUGUCGCUGUUCAGUGUUGUCAUUUCCAAACAUGUCCAUCAUGUUCUAAGUAGAUGAUUUUAUAUGUUAUGCUGAUAGCAGGUUUUCUGUCACGAUGAGUAACGUUUGUAGAGAAGUCAUCACUCUUCAGUUGGGACAUUAUUCAAACUUUGUCGGGACUCACUGGUGGAAUUUACAAGAUGCGUCCUUAUCCUACGAUCCAGAGACGUCUCCGGGUGAGAUCCAGAGUGAUGUCGUGUUUCGUGAAGGACGGACUCUGGGCGGACACGUCACCCACACACCUCGCCUCAUUGCCAUGGAUCUCAAAGGAAGUCUUCGGACUCUUCGGCAGGAGGGAAGUCUGUAUGACGCCGGCAAAGACCUCAAAGGACAUAGUCCUGCUGUCAUAUGGGAGGGAAGUCUCAUGACGCACAAAGAAAGUCCAGCUGAGAAGAAUCCCUUUCUGAAAGAUCUGGACAAGUUGGAUCCUGGUAGAUAUUCAGAGGAGGGUCGGCCCAAAUCAUCCCAGAGAGGUGAGACCCUUGCUGAAGCAGAUUCCUACUGCCCGCCUCAGCGCUUGGCAGCUGCAUUGAGCGUGGAGACUGUGAACAGCCAGCUGGCUCGAGUCCAGAAGUGCUACAGGCUGGAGGGCAGCGUGAAGGUGUGGUCCGACUUCCUCAGGGUCCACCUGCACCCUCGCACCAUCUCUGUCAUCCACCAGUACAACCAUGACGGGGAGGCCGACCGUCUGGAGGCUUUUGGCCAGGGAGAGGCUCUGCUGCAGGGCUCUGUGCUCGAGCAGCUGGAGGACAAACUGCACUUCUUUGUAGAAGAGUGUGAUUACCUUCAGGGUUUCCAGGUUUUGUGUGACCUGGCUAAUGGUUUUGCAGGCCUGGGGUCAAAGGUCACAGAGAUGCUACAGGACUCUUACGGUGGAAGAGGCAUCCUAACCUGGGGGUUAGCACCUGUCAGUCACCCGAAUUCAACUCCCAUGACAGAACUCUACCACAUGCUGAACUGCACAUUAGGGACAGUCCACAUGGCCAGUCACAGCUCUUUCUUCUGCCCUUUGACUCUGCGUGGGGGACUAGGCAGGCGACCCUCCGCUCCCACUGCGUUCCCCUACCUAAAUUAUGAUCCUUCACUGUGGUACCACUCCAGCUCUGUGCUGGCAUUGGCCCUAGAUGCCCUCACUUUGCCUUACAGGCUGAACAAGGACAGUGUCCCCAUGUGGCAGAUGGCAGAUGCACUCACUGUAUCUGGGAGAAAGGUGGUGGCUGCUUAUGGUGCCGUCCCCUUUCCCAUGAUGCACGGCAGCUCUCUCCCUGACGCCCUGAGUGCCUGCACAGAUGCGUUGCCCUGGAAACCUCUAUCAGCUUGCUCUGAACCUGGCAAUGGGCGAUGCUACGGCCAGUGGGCGACACUCAAAGGCUUCGAUGGCCAGAGCCUAAUCAGCUCUCUGCCUCCUGGGACUCCCCCGCCCACUCCUCUGCACAGCCUCCACUGCGGGGAAGACGUCCUGGAGUCCUACAUCAGAUCGUUCUAUCCUACAUCUCCUCUGGCUCUGCAGUUGGUGUCUGCACCCAGUAAGCUGACGCCACCCUUCCCUCAGAUAUUCAGUCAGUCCCUCUGUGCUCAGGGCUUCAUGCAGAGCCAGCCUCCUCCACGUGGCUCUCCGGCCCCGUUGGUCUCCACUGCACCCGUCAUGACGUCCCUCCAGUCUGGACCUGCACUCGGCUCCUUGCUGUCCGAGAUGCAUCGUGGUGCCAGCACGUUAAACAUCUGCCGCGUGGCCCCCAGCUUCCUCUCGCAGGGGCCCGAAAUGGCUGACUACAAGGAGGCCCUGGAGGAACUGCGCCUACUGGCCCGGUGUUAUCGCGGCGAUGGAGUGAUGUCCUCUUCCUCAGAAGAGGAUGAUUACUGAAACUGGCAGUUUCAGCCUGCAUGCACCCACAGACACUGCACGGUGAUGAAGAGGAGCGCUGCCUCUGGUUUGUGAGGGACCUGGCUUGAAUUAUAUGAUAACAGAGAAGAAACGUUUCUCAUAAAUUGAAGUAGACACAGAUGAGGGAAUAUUAGGAGGUUAGACCUCUACAUGUGCAGUCCUCAGUGAGGGGAUGGGUGUAGCAUCAUGCGACUGUAUGGACUGUGCUCACAUUAAAUGACUGUUUAUCUGUAAUGUUUUUUAUACUAAGUAUACAUUAUAAAAAGAUUGUAUUUUCAUUUAGUUGUCACACCUGUUUUGGGCACAGAUUGCUUUGACCAUUAAUUAACUUGAAAGAGUUAAUAGCACAGAUGUUUUGAGUUUUUUUAUAUAUAUAUAUAUAUAUAUAUAUAUUGGAAUCGCUUAUACUAAACUUCAUUAUUUUAUAUUAAACAAUUUAAAGCCAG